UCGGACCGCGUGCUACUGUACAGUCUCGGGUAGCCAAACGGUUAAAAGCCCGGACUUACUUCGAUAUCCCGGAUAAUGUUCAAAGCACGUUGGUACUUCCGCUGUGGGUCUUGGAUUCCAAAUGAGAGAGAGUGGACUAAAGCUGCAGAUAUACUUAUUCCCGAGGAAAAACAAAGAAUCGGGAAAUUCAAGUACCAAAAAGAUGCGAAAUCUAGCCUAUCAGGCAGGCUAUUGAUCAGAAAAGCUGCUCGGGAUAUCUGCAACAUCCCACAUCAAAGUCAGCACCCGAAACGAACCGACGCAGGAAAACCUUACCUUCAAAUCGGAGAUUCCAACCACAUCCGGGCUUUCAACGUGUCACAUUCCGGGGACUUGGUCGUUUUGGCGGGUGAUUUUUCUCAUCCGGAUGUCGACAUUGGUGUAGAUGUGAUGAGGAUAGAAUGGCCAAGCAGGACAACCGUGCCCGAUUACUUCCACACAAUGCGUCGUCAGUUCACUGAAUCAGAGUGGCAGGUCAUUCGACGACCAACAGACGAAUGGGACAAGAUGCAUGUUUUCUAUCGGUUCUGGUGUCUCAAAGAGAGCUACGUCAAAGCCAUAGGUGUAGGACUAGGAAUAGAUCUCCAGCGGCUUGAAUUCCACACUAAAGAGUCAAACAGAGGAGCCGACGUCGUGUGUACGACACAAUUGUUUAAGGAUGGAAAUUUACAGCCAGACUGGAUGUUCGAAGAGUCUUAUAUUGAUGACAAUCAUUGCGUCGCUGUUGCUCUUAAUCAAAAUUCUGUGAUUCCUCAAACUUGUGUGGACCGGUUUAUUGAACUCACGAGCGAGGAUUUAUUUAGAGAUUUGCCUGAAGCGUUAAAUCCCGAUGUGAAGUAUUGGCGUGAAUAUGCCGGAAAGGAAGCUCGGCCACAAUCGAAAAGGAAACCAAGUAGUUAGCGUUACUUUAAUUUGUAGAGAUAAGUAUGUAUACAGAUUUAUAAUGAAAUGAGUACCGAGUCAUGCAACUAGGUUGGCUUAUAAUUU